AUGGUGAAGCUCUUCUGUGCGAUCGUUGGGGUGGCGGGAAGCGCGUUCGAGGUGGAUAUCGACGAUGGCGGGUCGGUUGCCGCAUUGAAGGACGCGAUCAAGGGGAAGAACUCAAAGACGAUCACAUGCGAUGCCAAGGACCUGCAGCUCUUCCUUGCGAAGAAGGCGGACGGCGCGUGGCUCUCAUCGAAGGAUCCUGGUGUGAUCUCUAUGCGAAGCGGGGUUAUUCCUGAGCAAGUGAAGACACUGAUGAACGUGGAAGUGGACCCAGCAGACGAUAUUGGGGACGUAUUUGAAGGUGCUCCGACGAAGAAGACCGUUCACGUGCUGGUGGUGGUUCCGGAAGCGGUUGGUGGGUCAGUGAGUGAGGCAUCCAAGUUGGAUCAACUCGUUGAUAAGUUCGACCGACUGUACGACCAACUGAACAAAACUGGGCUGGGAAAACGCAAGGUUUGCCACUCGAGCGCGAAUUCGAGUCUUUUGAAUACGUUGCAUGUUAGAGUGCGAUCCUCCCGCGCGGUUCAAUUCAAGACUGAUAACAGUGCUCAACCGUUUCCGUGGGCAUACACAGUCGAUGAACAUGGUGACAAAAUCUGGCUCGCCGAGGAACAGCAACGUGAUCGAUAUCGCGAGUACGUGCAAGUCAACAUCGACGAUGCGCUCGCGAGGAACGAGCUUUGCGUGUGCGGUGUGGAAAAAGGAGAAGGUGGGGAAGAUCUUCUUUCGGUUGACGUACCAGGGCACAACAUCACUCUUGUUGGACGCACCGACUUGAUCAUACUGAGUGAUCAGGUCUUGGAGAACCCAGUCGAAGUGAAGCUGCUGCCUGACGUGAGAUUGAUCAUUGAAGUAAAGCGAGAGGUGAAACCAAGCUCCAUCAAUCAGACUGUGUCAGAGCUUAUCGCACUAGAUAUUAUGGUUGCUGAGCAGGUGAUGGCACUCUUGACCGACUUUGGGAAGCAUUGGCAGUUUUUUUGGGUCGCCGACCCGACUAACAGCGAAGGUACCAUCCAAUCGGUGAUUAUUAAUAAUCCUAGCAGGGCGUUUGCGGUGAUCAGGACACUACUCGACCAGUCACCAAGUGCUGGUGCUGAUGCAGCGAUCGGCCUACCGUGCGUCAAAGCACCUAUCAAGCGACAUAAGCUUUCUGCUGUCCUGGCCUCCAGCGGAGAGGAUAACGGUACUGGUAUUCGCGAGAGCUUGGAACGAUACUAUGACAUCGCCAGUAUGUUAGGUCCCGACAUCGAAAUGGCGCGUGCUGUGGCUCGGCAGAUCACUCGAUCUAUUCCCACGCUGAGUUACUUCAGCUGAUUCUUAGUUGGUGCUGCAUUAAUAAAUUAAACCAGUUGAGGGCCGCUGACAGGUCGAUCAUUUCACAGGCCCAUAAAUUGAAAACGGCUAGCGUAAAAUCAAAGAGCUUUGCAGGUCUGGAAAGCUGACAGUCUCUGAUAUUUUUUGAUAAUUUUUUCAUCUCUCAACCAG